GCGAUUAUGCAGGAUCUGUGCGACCAUGGCCUCUCCCACGCCUGCGUCUGCGCACCGCCUCACUUCAAGCGACGCUCGCGCAGCCGAAUGGUGGCCCGUCCACCAAUGCUGAACAGUGAACCAGUGCUUGUGAACGUGUGAAACUGUGUGUGAUAUCCAGAUGCCAGUCGAGUGUGAGACAUGACGCGGGACAGUUACGAGAUGAACUCCAAUCGACUGUCGCGGGGCGGUUCCCUCUUCGGGGCAGAUCCGCAAGUACAACUGAGGACCGCACUUCGCACGAACGACUUCUUGACGUUCAAGAAACUCAUCGACGACGUUGACCUCGAAUAUGUUUAUCAGUAUCCAGACUACAAAACCUGUCUCGAAAUAGCAGUGUCUGAACCAAACAAACAAAAUUUCGUCAAGCUGUUACUGCAACAUCAGGUGCAAGUGAACAAUAUCAACGAAACCCAUGGUGCUGCGCCGAUUCAUUUCGCCGUUGACAGUGGCAACAUUGAAGCUUUAAAAUUGCUACUAGAAGAUGACAGAAUUGACGUAAAUAACAAAUCCAAGGCAAAUACAGCAUUGCUGAAGGCAAUAAAGAAGAUAGAAGAUUUGGACGACCGAGAUCGGGAAUUGGAGUUGUAUGAAGAUAUGGUGGAACUGCUUGUAAAAGCAGGAUGCAACGUGAAUUCACCCGAUUUAAAAGGAAUUACUCCCAUUUAUUUAGCUGCGAAACAAGGAUUGGAGAGAGUAAUUACGUUCAUUUUGGACUAUUCAAAAGAUCCAAUUGAUUUAGAUACAUACAAAGAUAGAAGAGGCAAAACUGCACGUCAUUUCUUAAAAGAAGCAUUCCCUUAUCUUUUGGCAAAAGUUGAUGCUAAUGCAGAAUCAAUUGAAACGAUUGAUAAUGAUAAAUUAUUUUACUAUCUUAGCAGACAUGAAGAAGAAAAUUUCAUACGAGAUUUUAGAAAACUGGUCAGUAAAAAUGAACACAGAUCAGCGUUAACAUCCCACAACGGUAUGCACACUAUGUUGCAAUUGUCUGUUGAAAAAGGAUUUGAAAAAGUUGUAGAAACUUUACUUACUUGUGGAGCAGAUCCGAAUGCAACAUUUUCAGAGAACAAUAGCCGUCCAGUGGCUAUCGCUUGUCAAAAUGGAUUUUCGAAAAUUCUCAAAAUGUUCAUAGAAAAUGAUUCAACUUUGUUUGAUCCCAUCAAUGGAGAGACACUAAUCCAAAUAACUAUAAAAGGAAUGGGAACUUAUUAUAAAAAUCCGAAGGCAAAUUUUAAGGAGUGCAUGGAGCUUUUAUUAAAACACCCCAAAAUCAACAUCGACGUCAACCAUCAGGAUAUCAAAAAUAACACAGCCUUACAUUACGCCGCCAGAAAUGGAGACAGUGACACAGUUUUAGAUUUACUGAGGAAAGGAGCUUGCAUUGGUUUAAGAAAUCAAUUCAAUGAGCCGCCAUUAGCAGACAUCAAUGCCAAAACUCUGGAGAUGUAUUUAGAUGAGUGUAUCACAUCAAAUGAUGAACGACCGAGCGAUGACGAUUAUGAAAUUCAUAUGAAAUAUAGCUUCUUAGUGUACCCAAAUAACUCAUUCGAAAACGAAUUAAAUACUCCUUUAAUUAAAACAUCUAACAAUAACGUCAAGGCGUACGAUGCUGUUUUUGCGCCAGAAACAGACGCUUUGCUAUACAUGACAAGAUGUGAGGAAUUAAAACCACUUUUAAAACAUCCCGUUAUUACAAGCUUCCUGUAUCUCAAAUGGCAAAGAAUAAGUUGCUUGUUUUAUGGAAAUAUCACUUUUUAUUCUCUUUUUUGGCUAUCUCUCAUUCUGUACAUUAUAUUGGGUUAUGGCGUCGAGAAAAAGCAAUCAGAAUCUAUUGAAAUGCUGAAUGUCGUUACUCAUAUCGGUGCUAUUAUUGGCCUCAUAGUCUUAGUUAUUCGUGAACUUUUUCAACUACUAGUGUCUCCUACUAGAUACUUGCAGAGUAUAGAGAACUGGAUGGAAGUAGCGCUGAUAUUCGUGACUAUAUGGAUAGUGUGCUACGACUCAGCUCAAGAGUCAACCAAACAACAAUUAUCAGCUGUUGCUAUUUUAUUAUCAUCUGCUGAAUUAGUUCUACUAAUUGGUCAAUUUCCAACACUAUCAACAAACAUUGUAAUGCUGAAAACUGUAUCGUGGAACUUCUUUAAGUUUUUAUUGUGGUACUGCAUUCUGAUCAUUGCGUUCGCGUUAAGUUUUUAUACUUUAUUCAGACAAGUGAUUAUAGAAGACCAAAAAGCGCCUAAUCCAAACGAAACGGGCAAGGACGAAGAAGAGGAAGACUUUUUCGAAGAUCCUGGAAGAUCUCUAUUUAAAACAAUAGUGAUGUUGACAGGAGAAUUCGAUGCAGGCUCUAUAAAGUUCAGCACAUUUCCAGUAACAAGUCACAUUAUAUUUAUUGUGUUCGUGUUCAUGAUUCCUAUAGUACUUUUUAAUUUGCUUAACGGUUUGGCUGUCAGCGAUACCCAAGCUAUCAGAGCCGAUGCCGAAUUGGUCGGUCACAUUUCGCAAAUCAAACUAAUAUCUUAUUUCGAGAGUGUAUUACUAGGUAAUUCUACAGAAUAUACUCAACGAUCUCGAUGUUGGUCAUGUAUGCCUUUGAAUUGGCAGAAUUUCUACUUUAUAAAGCCUAAAACUUUGUGUUUGAAGCCAUUUGCAAAACGUAUAACUCUGUUCCCUCACUUUUUGCCUCUUUACAAGAUACUAGUGAAGCCAAACCAGGACAACAGAAUUGUGAUACCUGAACCAGACUCUGCAAGAGAGUUUGGUGAUGAUUAUGAAGAUAUUGAAAAUGGCCAAUGUUGCUUUGAACGUUGUCAAAAUUACAGAUUGGAGCGCACUAUUGUAAAUAAUGCAAAGUGUGUCAUCAGUAAGAGAACAAACGUGUCGGAAUAUGACGAAAUGAAACAAUUUGUCAAAUCGGAAAUCGAUAGCAUGAAAGAAAAAGUACAAAAAAUGUUAGAGCUAUUAGAAUCGAAGUACUGAUGUUCUAAUCUUAGAUUUUAUAUUUUGCGCCUAUUAUUUUGUGUAGUUCUGACUUUUAGUAUAUUGCAUUUAAAUAUUAUGAUGUUGUUUAUAUGUUGAGAAUAUAUUAAGAUAUUCUAUUAAUUUUAUAUGCAUUAAUAUUUAUCUAUCGCUUUCCAUCUCAAUUUAUUAUUUUUAAUGAGAUAAAAUAAAUGUGUUUUAUACAAAAAA